AUGGCCAAGUUGGGGUUUGUUAUAUCUCUUUUGCUAUUGCCGUUAAUUGUGUUUGCGCAGGACUACUAUGCGAUCCUAGGUGUUGGAAGGGGCGCUUCUGAUAAGGAUAUCAAGUCGGCAUAUAGACAGCUUUCCAAGAAGUAUCAUCCGGAUAAGAAUCCUGGGGAUGAGGAUGCUCAUAAUAGAUUCAUUGAGGUUGGGGAGGCGUACGAGGCAUUGAGCGAUCCUGAAAAACGGAAGAUAUACGACCAGUUUGGGGCAGAGGCAUUGAAAAACGGUGGGGAUAGGGCUGGUGGAGGUGGAGCUGGUGGAGGGUUCCACGAUCCUUUUGACAUAUUUGACCAAAUGUUUGGAGGUGGUGCAGGCUCAAGAUUUCACGGUGGUGGUGGACAAAGAAGAAAACAGCGUGGACAAAGCUUACAGGUGCAAGAUGAACUAAACUUGAAAAAAUUUUAUCAUGGUACCUCCAUUGAGUUUACGAUGUCUCUAAACGACUUCUGUGACGCUUGUGACGGAUCCGGCUCACAAGAUGGCAAAGUAGAGAAAUGUGGGCAAUGUGGUGGUCGCGGUAUGGUAGUUCAGGUCAUCAGACAAGGGUUCAUAACACAACAGAUACAGCAGAUGUGCCAGAAAUGUGAGGGCAGGGGUGAGGUCAUCAAGAACAAAUGUAAAACCUGCCAUGGCAGCAAGGUGGUCAAGAAGAACAAAUCUUUCCAUGUUGAUGUGCCAGCUGGUGCCCCAAGGGACUUCGUCGCGGUUAUCCGGGGCGAAGCGGAAAAGAGUCCAGAUACUGAACCAGGUGAUAUAUAUGUCAAAGUGGUAGAAAGCCCCGUCCAAAACAUGGGAUACAGAAGACGUGGCCCCGACCUCUUUAGAACGGAGGUCUUGAGCUUAACAGAAGCUCUCAAAGGUGGCUGGGUCAGGGAACUCGAAUUUCUCGACAGUAAGAAGAAGGUGGUAUUAUCCAGAUCUAAGGGAACCCCCGUCCAGCAUGGAGAAGUCGAAUGUAUCAAAGGUUUCGGUAUGCCUCUCGAAAGCGGGACUAAAUAUGGUGACUUAUAUGUUGACUAUGUUAUUGUUAUGCCCAGCAAGUACAAACCCGCUCCUUUGAACGAUGAGCUAUAG